GCUUGUUUCCCUUGGUUGUACGAAGGAAAGGUAUUUUCCUUCGGGUUGAAGUCUUGGAGUGCGGUAUCUCCGAGCAAGUGUUGUUGAGGCUCGUGGGACUCGAGUUCUCAGGUUGUAACGGUUUGUUAAGCACCCGUAAGCUUAACGGAAGUAGUGUAGCUCGAGAGAGUCUCUCGGGAGGCUGGAUUAGCCACAAGUUGUGGUGAACCAGGGUAAAAUCGGUGUGCCUUUUACUCCUCUCUUUACUUCCCAUUUAUUCAUCUUUUAUUCCUGCGAUUUUUGAUCAAACGCUAUUCACCCCCCCUCUAGCGUUGGUCUAUUAUUCUAACACAAUUCGAGAAAGAGCAAAACUUCUUGAAUCAGUCCGGAAGGAAAAGGAGUUCGAAAGGAGAUUAUGCGAAGGAUCAGAUAUGAUGCAGAAAAUGCUGGACGACUUUCAAAGAGAGAGACUAGAAGCUGAGGCUAAAGCUGAUAAAUUAGUCAAUGAUCUCUGUAAGGCUAUUGAGCUUAAAUGCUCCCUCCAAUAUCAAGAUCCACAAUGGGAGGAAGUUAAUGCUCAAAAAGAGGCUCUAGAACCUAAAGCCAACCCUGAAUCAUCCAACCAUAAGACGGUACCCUUCACGGUACCUCGGUACUGGCUCACUGAACCUCGGUACCGUGCCGGCGGUAGAGGGGUACCGUUGAUUGGCAGCGAAACUUCCGGCGACUCUAUCUCACUGCUCCGGCGACCUCACACAAAGAUGACAGCACCACUGCGUUCUACACACUCAAAGCUAACUCUCAGAAGUGAUUUGGGAAGAAAUGGUGAAGAAUUGGGUAGGAAAAGGUGGUCCUUAUAUAGCCUUAGGGAAGAGGAAGCAGACACGGUGAUGACCUCUAUUUGGGAAGAGGAGUGGGCUGCUAUCUUCUCCGAUUCUAAACAGUCUAGCCUACCACUGACCAUCGAGUUCUUAUGCUCGAUAUCUGCUGUCCCGGAGAUUGAGUCACGACAGAUGACUCAUAGUUUGAUCACUGCUGAUACCACAUUUGCCUUCACUCUUGCGGGCCAGUCGUUUCGGUUGACAGUAAGAGAGAUGGUUGUUCGUCUCGGGCUCUACACCCAGGAGGAGACCGAGCAGCAUGAGUUCUACGACGAUCCCUUUUGUCUUCCCACAGAUUUUGAUGCUAUAGCUUUCUGGAGGGAGCACUCAUCUGACGACAAGGAGUUCGUGAACAAGAAGAGUAAGGCGCGCUACUGGAUUCGGCCCAGCUGGAGGAUCCUAUCUUUUGUUCUUUCGACAUCCUUCUUUGGGAGGCCGUCGAACACUGAUAGGGUGUACGAGGAGGAUAUGUUUGUCUUCUGGAGCUUGCACGACCGCCAGCCGGCGAACGUGGCGGUGUACCUGGCCAGAUUCUUAUACUCCCAGUCCUAUGGGUGUAGGACGCACUUGGUGUGUGGGUUCGUGAUUACACUGCUCUUUCGCUCUCUCAAAGGGAACACACCGAUCCCACGGCCUGUGCAGUUGAUGAGGGAUUUAGAUGCCGGCAUGCUCCAGAAUGCUCACAUCCACCGGAGACUGUUUCCUAGCUCUUCUGAGAGCACUACAGCCUCUACUGGCCGCACUUCACAUUAGAUUGGAGAGUCCUCCGAUCAAUCACAGAGAUUGUCUCAGCGCCUUCCUCGUCGACGACCUACCAUAGCACAGUUGGCUCGCGCUCAGACAGAGGUAGCACCGGCAUGGGCCCAACAGCUCUUGCAGAACCAGAACACACUUAUGCAGUCCGUUGCGGCACUCCAACAGCAGGUCCAUGGUUUAGACAGGAUACGUGA